AUGGACCCUUCCAAGGAGCCAGAUGUUCAGCGGCAUAUGCAUACAAAAUACCCAAGCGAAGAAGAAGUCACGUCAUAUGGCCAGCUCCGAGGCCUAUACGCGGUGGUCGACAGAGAUCGUCGACCGAUCCAGGUGUCUCCUCCGUGCAUUCACGACUGGGCAGAUCUCAAUGUGUCAUCGGACGAUUCGACUUCCAAUUCGGAUGUCUCCGAGCUUGAUCUCAACGAUGUUUUGGAGGAGCAGUCCAUUGCCCCAACAGCUCAGGAUGCAUCUGAUUGGGGUAUUCCACCUAAUCAAACCCAGGGAAAGGCAACUCCUUCUGUCGCGGACACUUCAGAUCUUGAUUCUGAAUGGAAAUCGUUAUCUGCCGAAAUUUGGGAAACGGUGCAUACUUCUCAGUCGGACGAUCCCGAUCCGAAUGAUGCUUUGCAAGCGCAGCCCACUGCCGCAACGGCUCGUCCUGCCUCUAAUCAGGAUAGUCCAUCUGAUCGAACUCGGGCAACGACGACCUCUUCACUUAUUUCAGCCAUUGCGGAUCUUACAGAUGCUUUGAAGUCCACCGUCAACACAGCCCACGCUGAGCCUGAUUUUGCAUAUGUAAGUGAGCAAAUCUUGGCAACGGCAACUCUUCUUGUCAUAGCUCGUCGACGUUUGGCAGCGGCAACCUCUCCUACUUCCAAUAUUCCAUCUCAUUCACGAUGGGAAGCGGCAAACCGUUCUGCUUACAACAGGUCAUCCUCUCAACGUCCGGCAACGGCAACUACUUCUGCUUCUUAUAUUCCACCUCAUUUACGAUGGGAAGCGGCAAAUGGUCCUGCUUACGACAAAUCAUCCUCUCAACAUUGGGCAACGACAACUACUCCCGCUUCUGACAUUUCGUCUCAUCAAUAUAAGGCAACGGCGAAUCCCUUUGCUCCCAACAAUUCAUCCAGUCAGUUCUGGGCAACGGCAAUCAAUUCUGCUUCCAAGCGUUCAUCUCAUCAACGUCAAAGUUGGGCAGCGGCAACUACUUCUGCCCCAACUCAGCUAGCUGCUCCUGUUCCAACAAAUCCGAUUCCUUCUCUCAUGAGAUCGCCAACUCCUACGCAGAGAACUUGGCCAGCUCCCGAUCCUUCGAAAGGGGGAUGGGGAGCUGCGUAUGUUGUAAGCACGGCAGUCAACGAUGAUCCAGUUUUGCCAUUCAAUCCAAUCUGGUAUACGCCUAGAAGCAUCCGAAACUUUAAGCCACUCCCGGCUCCGCCUCCAACGUAUGAAAAUGGCGGCUUGCCUUCGACAGAGCCUUCUUCUUCAGAGAACUUGGUUCCGGAUGUUGCAGACGAUAAUUCUGAUCCGGUGGAAGCCGUUGAUCAGUCAGCGGCACCGGGUCAUGUUUCGCCGAGAAUGGAACCCCUCCGAACAAUUUACGGCAUCGUGGCAGCUGUUCGCGUGUAUCUGCGUCCUUUUCUCAACUUCUGA